ACUCCGAUUAUGGCAGCCAAAUCUUCCCCCGAAUAUCCCCAUUUAUUUCCAUAUCUCUCUCUCUCUCUCUCUCUCUCUCUCUGUGUGUGCGUGCGUGUGUGUAUAUAAACACACACACACACAGACUCACAGCCAACCACUCUUCCUCUGUAAACUGAUCAGUUCAAGUUUUCUAGCUAGACUGCAAUUGCAAUCGGUAGAAGAUGGUGAAGAAGGCGGCCAUGGAAGGUGAGACCACAGACCAGGCGAGAGCCAAAGCGAGUAGGACCUUCAAGAAAAGAAAGGAUUGCGUCAAGAAGAAGACGAUGGAGUUGGCCACGCUCUGCGGCACCAAGGCCUGCGUCGUCUGCUUCGGCCCAAACGGCGAGUUGGAGACAUGGCCGGAGAACCCCUCCGACGUCCGAGCCGUUCUCCAGAUGCACGACGACUACGCCAGGAACGGCCGGCGGGGCAGCAAAAUCAACGAUAACGCCGAAUUGAAGUCUGUGGAGGCCGCUUUAACGGAGAAGGGGUUUUCCGGUUGGGAGGAUCGCUGGCUUAGAGGCUUGUCCAAGGAAGAACUGGCGAAUUUUCUGGAGUCGGUGGAGGACAAGUUACGGGGCGUCGAGGCCAGAAUCGAGUUCUUGGAGAAGAUAACGAUCGAACAGCAAAACUGGUUCGCGAUGAAUGAGAGUUAUGAUGAGAUGGCCGCAGCGGAGAUGAUGAUUGGCAGCCUGUGGCCGCAGCCGUUGCAGGCCGUGAAUUACGAAUCUACACUUGCCGAGCCGGCGGAAUUUGGUUAUUUCGGUGAUGAUCCGAUGUUCGCCAUUGGAACUUCUACUUGGGCAUUGUUGAAUUGCUAUGGAGACAAUUAUGGAAGCAGCGGCUGCGCUUGGUACUGGUGAUCGGAAAACCUAAAACGGAUAUCCUUUUGCUCAAUUUUGUCCAAUAUAUUUUGGAGCAGAAGGUUAAUUGCAUCUUAAUUUCGGCAUUGACGAACCGUCCAGAGGUUCUAUAAAGCUUUACGGCGGCAAGUUUAACGAAGUAGCCUAGUUUGUAAUUAAACUAGUCA